AUGAAAGACAAAUCAAAAAACGCCGCCAAAACUCGGCGGGAAAAAGAGAACGCGGAGUUUUACGAGUUAGCCAAACUACUUCCGCUUCCGUCCGCCAUUACCAGCCAAUUGGACAAGGCCUCCAUCAUUCGGCUGACGACCAGCUACCUGAAGAUGAGGGCUGUAUUUCCGGAUGGUUUGUGCUGCUGCUGCUGA